AAUUUGAUUGAGAUACACAAAGAUUCAUACAAUAAUGUCCAUAUUUUGAAGAUGGAAAUCAUAGGAAGAUCGCACGCAGGAUCAAUAAACAUAUAGCAAUCUGGUAGCUGCCAUGGAAGAAACCUAGCAAAUUAGUGCCCCCAGAAUUUACACGAUUUUGGAAGCGCAGCAUCUAAUGCGGAACGUGAAGCGGCGUUGUUCCCUGUUUACUUUUUUUAUGCGUCACUUUCUUCCGCCGGGUUUCUUCCCGGUUCCACAGAGCUUGCCGGGAUUUCAAUUCUGAAAAAUUUUCCCAUUCCAAAACCGAUUUCAUUCAUUACCCAUUUCUCCAUUUUCGUUGAAUGACUUUCACUUGUGCUAUUUAACGAGAGGGUCACCGUCCUCCUCCGACUUGGGAGCAAUUUGGCUAUGGCGGAAGCGGAAUUUUCCGAUCAGAAUCGCCUUCUUAGAUCCAUGGAGGAUCACAAAGGGGAAGAUCAUGAUUUAGAAUCGCAAGAUGGAAAUGGGAUUCAGCCAUUGAGAAAUAACAGUGGAAAACGAGGUGUGAUUUUGGAUAUGUUUCAUCAUCUCAAUCGUGGAGGAAGCUUCUCUGGUCGUCGUCUUAGUUAUAAGCGUCAUGAUAUGGAUAAUCAUGCCGCUACUUUCAGCCCUACUUCUCUUAAUAUUGUUGGUAGAGCUCGUACGGCCUCUUCUUCUUCUUCUUCUUCUUCUUCCGAUCGUCACAACAAUUUCAAUUCAUAUCCUCUUCAUGCCCCGACUGGAAGCGAUACCGAAAUUGACGAAAAUGUUGAUGAUACUGCCGCUCCUGAAUGGGCUUUGCUCCUUAUUGCCUGUCUCCUUGGCCUCGCCACCGGCCUUUGUGUUGCAGCUUUUAACAUGGGGGUACAUGUAAUCCAUGAGUGGGCCUGGGCAGGCACUCCAAAUGAGGGUGCUGCUUGGCUUCGCUUACAGAGAAUGGCCGAUACUUGGCAUCGCAUUCUAUUGAUACCGGUAACUGGAGGUGUUAUAGUGGGUAUGAUGCAUGGUUUGCUUGAGAUACUCGGCCAAAUAAAACAGUCGAGUACUUCCCAGAGGCAAGGAUUUGAUGUACUCUCUGGAGUUUUUCCUACAGUUAAAGCUAUUCAGGCAGCCAUCACUUUAGGUACUGGCUGUUCACUGGGUCCUGAAGGACCUAGUGUAGAUAUUGGGAAAUCAUGUGCCAAUGGAUUCUAUCUUAUGAUGGAAAACAACAGUGAAAAGAUAAAAAUAGCAUUUGUUGCGGCUGGUGCAGCUGCUGGAAUUGCUUCAGGCUUUAAUGCAGCCGUUGCGGGUAGCUUCUUUGCAAUAGAAACUGUAUUAAGGCCUUUACGUGCAGAAAAUUCACCUCCAUUUACGACUGCAAUGAUCAUAUUGUCAUCUGUUAUUUCUUCUACAGUCUCGACUGUUUUACUUGGCACGCAGUCUGCUUUCACAGUACCUGCUUAUGAUUUAAAAUCUGCUGCUGAACUUCCGUUGUACUUGAUAUUGGGAAUGCUAUGUGGCGUUGUGAGUGUAGCAGUGACACGUUUAGUUGCUUGGUUCAGUAAAUUAUUUGAAUUCAUCAAGGAAAGAUUUGGCUUUCCUCCUGUUGUCUGUCCUGCUUUAGGCGGCUUGGGAGCUGGAAUAAUAGCUCUCAAGUACCCUGGAAUCCUUUAUUGGGGUUUCACAAACGUUGAAGAAAUCCUACAUACUGGGAAUCGUCCUUCUGCUCCUGGGGUUUGGUUAUUAACUCAGAUAGCAGCUGCAAAAGUUGUGGCCACUGCUCUGUGCAAGGGUUCUGGGCUCGUAGGUGGUCUUUAUGCACCCAGUCUUAUGAUUGGUGCUGCUGUUGGUGCUGUAUUUGGGGGCUCAGCUGUUGAAGUUAUUAAUGCUGCAAUUCCUGGAAAUGCAGCUGUUGCACAGCCGCAAGCCUAUGCAUUGGUUGGAAUGGCUGCUACACUGGCCUCGGUCUGUUCGGUGCCUUUGACAUCGGUUCUACUUCUGUUUGAGCUGACAAAGGAUUAUAGGAUACUCCUUCCACUCAUGGGAGCUGUUGGCUUGGCCAUAUGGGUUCCUUCAGUUACAAAACAGACCAAGGAAAUCGAAUCAUCUGAAAAGCGGGUUUCAACUAGAGGUUAUAGUUCUCUUUCUCCUCCUGGACAUAAAGAUGGGGCAUCUUGGAGGUAUGAUAGUGGUGAUAAGGACUUAGAGCUCUCUGAGGUGGUAACUCCAUCUGACCGGGAAUCUAAUUAUGAAGAUAAUCUUCUCGAAAAACUAAAGGUUUCUAAAGCGAUGUCAAAGAACUAUUUGAAGGUUCCGUUGUCUUUGUACUUGAAAGAUGCACUGAAAUAUAUGAAGGAUAACCAGCAGAACUGUGCAUUAGUGGUUGACAAGGAUGAUUUACUUGAGGGAAUAUUGACAAAUGGUGACAUUAAAAGAUAUCUCUUCAAGAAGUAUGGCGACACUCUGAAGAGUGAAUCACUGAGUGUGGAUACCUGUCUAGUGUCCUCUAUUUACACUCGAGGGAUCAGUUAUCGUGGGCGAGAACGAGGUAUUUUGACAUGUUACCCAGACAAUGCUCUGGCAAUUGCUAAGGAACUAAUGGAGGCGAAGGGUGUAAAGCAGUUGCCCGUCAUUAAGCGUGGCAGAGGAAGGAAAAGAAGAAUUGUAGCCGUUCUCCACUAUGAUUCAAUUUUUAGCUGUCUCAGGCUCAAGCCACCUGAAAUUCCAUGCCGGUUUAUCCUGGGAAGAGAAAAGAAAAUGUAACCAAUAAAACAGUCUCCAACUUUUUUGGAUAUUACAAGAGAGUUCGUCAAUCAAAGGGAAAAAGUAUAUCCUAGCGGAAAAGAGAUCGUCGUCCAGGAGAGCGUUGCAGAUAGUCAUUAAGGAACUGUGCAACAGAUUCAGUACUAAAGUUCUUCAGCAUUCAGAAUUAAAGAACAAGCUGAAUGUUGAACUAUGAUCUGUUUUUAUUCAGAAUUCUUCCCACUGAUGACAGAAUAUUGGAAACCCUCUGGUUGUUCUUCAGCGAAGAGGUAAACUAUAUGGUGAGUAAAUCUGAUAUAUAAUAACUUUCCAUGUAAUUUAGCAAAUUGUAUUUUACGCAGAAGCAACAAUCCAAAAGCUGUAACAUAAUACACAGAUUAUUUCAGAAGAGUUGGAGAGGUUACUGAGAAUUCAGGCUAAGGGAUCCAUAUGGUUUAUAUUAGGAUAUCUAUGGGCCAUGCCUGUUCAAAGGAUUCAGUCUCCUUACAUUUUAGGUUUCAAUGUUAGUUGAUUCAUUCACUAUUCUUUGUAUUGGAAUAUGUACUCUUGAUCUGUAAGUUGUAACGGUCAGGUCUAGUGGAAUCAUUUCAAUGAAUUAGCUUAUUCCCUCCGCA